CUUCUUUUCAAUAAAAACAAAUUACUGUAAUCUAACAUGGAAAUCCUUAAGAGUAAUUUUGAAGAAAAACUACCUUUGAUAAAAGAAGCUUUACUCGAAGCUGACUUUAUUUCUAUUGAUACUGAACUAACAGGCUUAACAACACCCGAUGUUCAAUUUCAAACUGGCGAUGAUAUAGCAAUUAGAUAUUCAAAGAUAAAAAGUUGUGUCCAAGAGUUUACGAUAAUUCAAUUUGGUGUUUGUGCUUUUAAACGCGAUCCAGCUACAGAAAAUUAUAUUGCGAAGCCUUUUAAUUUUUAUAUCUUUGGUGCAGAUACUGCUGAAAUUCAGAGUCGGCGUGUCUUUUCUGCUUCAGCAAGUAGCUUGACUUUCUUAAGAUCUAACAAGUUUGAUUUCAAUAAAUUGAUUGAUGAAGGUAUUCCUUUCUAUAACUAUUCAGAAGAAAGCUCUAUGUAUCAGUCUAAUCAAGGGACUAGUCUUGUAAAUAGACGUAGUAUUAUUAAUGAAUCAACAUUGACUAAAGCUAAUAAAAGUUUCUUGGAAUAUAAUCGAAACUCUAUUCAAAAGUGGUUGCAGGACAACACAGAAAAACCCUUAAUUGUACAAGUGAAUAGUAAUUUUUACAAGAAGCUUAUUUAUCAAGAAGUUCAAGAUAGUAAAUAUAAUGGCUUUUUACAAGCAACUCAAAGAGAUAGUAAACAUGUACAAAUUACAAGAUUAAAAGAAGAAGAGAGAAGAAAAAAGGCAGUUAAUUCACCUAAAUUAAACUUUCGUACGAUUAUUGAAUUGAUUAGAAAAGCAAAUUGCCCAGUGAUUGCACAUAAUGCAGUAUUCGAUAUUUUUCAUACGGUAGAUCAAUUCUGGCAAUACUUACCAAAUAAUAUUCAAGAGUUUAAAAAGAUCGCAAACAGCAUGUGGCCGACUAUUGUAGAUACUAAAUAUUUAGCAGAAUAUCAUCCUGCCCUAAAAACAUGCUUUACUUCAACUGUGUUAGGCACAUUAUAUAAUGAUGUAUAUAAUGAAUUAAAAGAAGCAGGCCAAGAAAUUAUUAUGGCUGAAAAUUUUGAUCGCUAUUCAGGUAUUGGAGGUGAAGUCGAGCAUGAGGCUGCUUAUGAUGCUUACAUGACAGGUGCAAUCUAUCUUGCUUUUAUAGCUUUUAUUCGUGAAAAAAAAGAUGAGCAAGAAAAAAAAGAAAAUAAAGCCCUCAUUGGUAAAAGAAAGAGGAAUCCAAAUGAUGAAGGAGAAGAGGAAAAAUCAGACAGGGAUAAUGUGUCUGAAAUUGAGGAGAAAGCAAAUAAUGAAGAUGAAUCCUCAAGUGAAGAAGAGGGAGAAGCAUCAAGUGAUGAUUCUGACGAUGAAUUUUUAAAAAAGAAGAAUAAGUCAAGCGUUUUUAUGGAUAAAUCUUUAACACCUUAUUACGGACGUAUUUUCUUGAUGCGUAGUGAAAUUCCUUAUAUUAAUUUAAAAGGAGAAGAAACAGUGGAAAUAGUAACAUAUCCAAAUAAAUUCUAUCUUCAUAAUAUUCCUACUGGUUUAACCAACACUGCCAUUGAAAAACUUUAUCCAACUAUACAGCCUAUUGCUAUUUCAUGGAUUAAUGAAAAUAAUGCUUGGAUCAUUUUAAAGGAUGAAACAAAGAUUCCAUUUGUCAAGCUCGGUAUGCUUGGUCUAUCAGUUGUUCAUAGCUUUUUACCUGGUUGUUCACGUCAAAUAGAAGGGGAAGCAUAUGGAAUUACCAAAGAGGCAAGUAAAAUGGAGUUAAUCACGCAUGAGCAAUAUUUAGCUCUUUAUGGACCAAACAAGACAGUAAAUUAUAAUAACGCGGCAUCUAUAAUGAAUGCAAAUAAUGUGGCCCCUAUAAACAACGACAAUGUCAUUACUUCAACAGCUUCUGCUGUUGCUAUAGCUGCAAAAGAAAUCGAUAGUACACCCAAAGGUGGAUCAAGCUAUGAUGAACUAGAUAUCCCUUUACCACCUAGCUUUGCUGCAUCACUUAAAAGAAAUAGAGUUGAAGAUGAUAAUGUAAAUAGUCAAAAUGGUUUCAAGAAUAGAAAACUGAACGAAUAAGCAUAUUUCAUACCUUUUACACAUCUGAUAAAUUAGAUAACAUACAAUAUAAAUCGAGUAUAUUUCCAUGAAUGUAUUACCAGAGAUUUGUUAAUAAACUUUUUUUUUUCUAACAAA